CCUGUCAGGAUAAUGACAAUAAUGUGCGCCCACACAAGUAGCAGAUCCUUUCCGAACGCUUCCGUUCCGCAACACAUGCGGAUUGAUUGUUGACAGCUGCGAUCAGAUCCUGGGAAAACGGGGUGCUCGACACCCCCUGCGUCUUUCUGGAUGCUGCAGCAUACGCUGUGGCUCUGCUCACCAGACCUGAUCCUUGGGUGGUGAUCGACGGCGAGUAGCGCAGGGAGUCAGGACGGCUGCGCGUGACUUUGGUUCAGAGUUAGCGGUAAUGGGGUGUCCGAACAGAUCCUGUUUUACGUUCACAUCUCUUACGUACACUGCUCCCAUACCGUAUCCAUUCUGUCAUCUCGUGCGAGUCCCUCCGCCCCUCCCAGCACCAUCCUCAUCCUUCUUUCCAUCCCCAUUACACUUGUACACAACACCCCCCCCCCGCUUAGGUGCCAGCCGCUGUAAGCUACCAUCCUCGACAUCCUAGCGGGCACAUGACUCCGUACUCCAUUCUUUCCUUCCCAUAAUCACCCUCGUGUGCCUCGCAGUCUUAUCUCCCUCCACACAUUGAGCACCAUGUCGUCUAUGGUCAUGCCCUACCCACAACAGCCUCCCUACCCCCUCUCUCGUCCCUCCACCCCUCGGCCGUCCGCGCCCCUCUCGGCGCCCCCGACGCCCAUAACUCCGACUCACUUACUCCCUGCUGCUAUGGAACGAGCGAGGAGUACCGAGGGUGUCGUCUCUGGCGCCAAUCAGGCCCAAAGCGAUACUCAAGAAAGCAAACAGCCACGGGAGCCGAAAGCUACUCGGCUAAAAUACGAAUGGGAGCACCUCGAGAGCUCUGCCUCGACUCCCUCCGAUACUCAAGGUGAUAAUGAUAAGAAGGACUCGGAUCGGAUGGAUGUGGACGAGGAUGUAGCUGAACCUUCCGGCUACCAGGGCGCCGAUCUUGGAGAGCCCGUGAGCACUUACAAAGAGGAACAAGCGCAGAGGGAAGAGGCGAUCGCGUCUAUGGACUCGCCAGCUGUAGAGAAGGAAGUAGAGCUGCACCCUUUGGUAUGGGGCAUGCCAAAAUGGGGCAGGGAGCCCGAGCGGAAGGAAGUCGCCCAAGGCGUCAGGCUUCUGGGUGUGGAAGAGCUGCCUCGGUUGAUGGAGGCUCAUUCAUUGAUUGAUACGCCUAGCUCAGUCAUGUUUCCUUGGCUGCAUGGUAUCAGUGACGACGGACAGAAGGGUCGGGAUAUGGCCAGCUUCUUUGGGUAAGAGCCAUCGUCCGUAUGAGUCAUAAUCAUCUCACACUACACUCCAGCCAUUCUCCGCCGUUUGAGCCACCUCCUUACCGUGGACUGAGUGUCAUGUUCUGCCCGCCUCACCAUCUCGACCAUCAAGUGAAACCCUUGCCGAACAGCACUUCCCGCGACCACACCGCGCCUUACGAGAUCCCUAAUCGUAAAGGUUCAGAGACCGAUUCGUCUUCUUCGUCGUCUUACUACUCUACCGGCACCACUAUAGCCACUUCCGCUCCGAGCCUGGGUAACUCUUUGCCUUCACCAAUUAAGUCGCCCCUCAAAUCGCUUCCCGAAGUCGAAGACAGGCAGGACGAAAAGAACACUGGUGAGAGUGACGUGACCGUCGACGUCUCCAUGCACCCCUGCAACACGAAACGUCUCUCUCCGAUGGCAGUCUCCAAAGGCUUUGACCAGGAGCACCAUCCUCUUCCUUGUGAGAGCACCGAUACUGCGGCAGCAGAGCAAGACGUGCCUUCUUCCGCCGCGUCCGACGCAAGCUCGGAAAUGCUGUUGACCCUCGAAGAUCGCCCCUCGUGCAUCUUGUUCAACGCUCUUCAUGUCCAUGACGUGUUUGAGCUGCGUAGGCAUCAUGAUCACCCUGACAAGAGGCCGCGAUUCAGACCAGCGAGGUUGCCGGAACAGAUCAAUUUGAGGAAUCUCAAUAUACAGCAGAUCAAGUAUUCGUCAGUGUCUGAUAUCGUGCUGUAUUGCAAAUCUGGUCUGGGACCCGGUGUGCUCCAGACCGCCGAAGAGAUCGCGCAAGCGCAAGAAGAUCUGUAUCAGCAAAGGUUGGAAGAAUUCUACUCGCAUGUCAAAGACUCUCGAAAACCUGGUGAAGGUAGUAGCGAGCCUAUACGUUACGGUGUUUGGGUCGUAGUCGAACCAUUCCACAAGUUGGAAAAGAAGUGCCCCGAACUCGUCUUGAUUGACUCUCAGGGCCGACAGGCUGCUUCUCAUCUCCAAACUGAUCUCUUUGAUCGAGAAGCCAAAGAAAGCAGGGCGAUGACGAGAGGCUCCGAGGUCGUUGAAGGCUUCUGGGUGGGCAAUGAUUGUGACAUGCCAGGCCACGCGCCUGACGGUGUCGGCGCUUUCGUCCGUUUCGACCUUUGCCUCAAAGCUUCGGAAUGUGCCGAGAUGCCUUCUGCAUCGACCCUUUCGAUGGCACAGCGCAAACUCCUCGAGCUCGACCAGAACAGAGGACCCACCGAAGAAGCCACUCAAGCACACACGACUUUCAAUUGGACAGCCUCGCCGGCCACGCUAGCUUUGCGGAACUUGUUGACGGCAGGUCCAGUGAGCAACGAGGUUCCCGCCAAAAGGACGGCCUCGCCCUCAGCCGAAGAUCGUAGUUCCAAAGCUAGAGCGCUUCCUAUAGAGUACCAGUUUGUCGCUUUGGGGUGCUCGGGCAGCUGUCGUACCAUCACCGGUCAGACGCGCAAUCUCAACACCAUGACAGACCGUGUCGUUGAACUCGUCUACUUUUUGCGCAAGAUUAUCGAAGGUAGGGAUAAUGGCAGGAAACGCAAGGUGCUUGUGCACUGCCAAGAUGGGUAUACAGAGUCGAGCAUCGUCGUUCUGUCUUACAUCAUGUCGAGCUUGUCCAUCUCACUUCCCGAGGCGUUCUUGCAUCUGCAGACAACUGGCAACAGGUCCUUUUUCGUCUAUCCCGCCGACAAGCCCCUUUUGCGAAAGAUUGACGCUCGCUUGGCAAGCGACAGGAAAGCGAAGGCUGUCAAGUUCUUGAGUGCUACCAGUAUCUCUUCCAGCAGCCUACGCGAAGCGGAAGAACGGCACCCUAGCUCGAGUCCCCGCUGGCGCUCUUGGGGUAUGACCUUUGGCAACAAGAAAGAGCCUGCGAACGGUAAAAUCGCGUCUAUCAAGGAGAAAGACGGGGGCAGGGCAAAGUUGACGGUAGAUGCGGCGAAAGAGAUGUUGGCAGAGUAUGAGGAGGGCGGGAGCUUGGCAGCGAGGCAGGCGAGGGUAUGGUUUGAUGAUAGGAGGUUUGAUGGGUUCCCGUCGAGAAUUCUGCCUUUCCUAUAUCUCGGUAAUCUGGAACAUGCUGGGAACGCCUAUAUGCUCGCAGCUUUGGGCAUCGAUCACGUAGUCAGCGUGGGCGAAAGUCUCUUGGGAGGUCCUCCAAACCCUUACGGUAGCUCGCCCGACAAUACGCUCGCCGCGGCUGCCCGGGCGGGCAAAAUCAAGGUGCUAGAUCUGAUGGAUGUGCGAGAUGACGGUAAUGAUCCUUUGCGUCCUGUCAUUGCUCAUGCUUGCGAGUGGAUUGAAUCGGCGAGGCAGAGCGGUGGCAAGAUCCUUGUGCAUUGUCGCGUUGGUGUGAGCAGGAGCGCGAGCAUCGUGAUCGCCUAUAUGAUGCAGCACGAAAAGCUGGGCCUCAUGGACGCAUAUAUGACCUGCCGAGCCCGAAGAUUGAAUGUCCUUAUCCAACCCAAUCUCCGAUUCUUCCACGAACUCUUCGGGUGGGAGGUUGAGCUGGCCAAACGCGAGGCGGAAGCUGGCAAGAAGCGCCGUUACGAAGCGGAACAGAAGGGUGUGAGAGAUCCCGAUGCGCUCAAGUUGAUUGAAGGUGAACCUAGGAAAAUUGUACAUUCCUGGCCGAGCUUCUGUCGCGAUUUGUAUUGCUUGAACAGGAGAUUCCUGUGUAACUGAACGUCUUCAUUUGUAUGAGCGAGAACGCACGAAAAUGUUUAUCCACGAAAUUCCACCCCCUCUUGUAUACCCCUGAUUUGAUAGUUUGUUGUGUGGGAUCGAAGUUUGUAGUUCUUGCUCUCUGAUACUUUGUACUUUUUAGCGGGAGAGGGCCUUGUACUCUUAGCCGGGCAAUGGGAACG